AUGGUCUAUGAGGGGAUGAUUGUCGGCUCGCACCGGCGUGAAGGGGACAUUGAAAUUAAUGUCUGCAAACAGAAGAAGCUGACCAAUGUUCGCUCAUCAACUGCUGAUAUUGCCAAGCGCCUCAACGCCACAAUGAGGAUGAGCCUUGAGGAGGCAUUGGCGUUUAUCUCGGACGACGAAUUGCUGGAAGUCACACCCCUGAAUUUUCGUCUACGCAAGACGGAACUUUCUGCCCACGAUCGCAAACGCCACCGCCGCGACGAGGCGCGCGUCCGGAGUUAA